CGCGCGGGGACGUGGCGGCCGCGCCACGCCGCCGUCAGUCAGGCGUGGGCACGCCGAGCGAGCAGACGGGUGAUCCACGCGCGCGCGCAAUACGAUCCCCCCACCUCCCCGCACCGCCUUAUCACGAGUUGACGCUGCCGAACCGCUACGCCGAGCCGCCAUCAUGCGUGGGAUAACCGCUCAGGAAUUAACGCGGAACUCCAUACUCCGCAUCAACGAAAAGAAAACCAUGCAGCUUCUGCACGAGUACAAGAAAGAGGACUGCUUGUGGAACUCUUCGAUGGACGACUACCCCAAUAAAGAAAAACGGGUGCGGGCCGCACAGAAAAUAGCGAAGAUUCUCAAUAUAAAGAACUUUGAAGGACAACACGUGUUAAUAAAAAUAAAAAAUCUUCGCAAUUCUUAUUCUCAAGAAUUGAAGAAAAUAAAAGAAAGUAUUGACACGCUGGGGCCGGACUCUCCUGACUUGUACCGGCCGAAGGUUCAGUGGUUCUCCCUCAUGGACUCGUUCCUGCGGCCACACGUGCAGACAUCCAAACUGCUGCCUAAUCCAGCAGAAAGCAGCAACAUGUCGGUAGAAGUGUAUCCUGAUGUCAAGACAGAAUAUUUCGAGAUUGACGAGACCGAUGAAUGGAGUCAGCAGCACGAGCCCACGGCGGGCGCAAGCUACCAGUCCGAGGGUCACAGUGAGAACGAGGACCAGUCGAAUGACUCCCAAUACCAGCAGCCAAAGCGAAGGCGAAUGUCAUCGAGUGCACCGAGCGAGAACAUGAGCCAGCACCAAGUGUUCCUGCAGAGCGAUGUGCGCGCCGUGGCUCCCAGGGUGGAUGACACGUUCGACAACUUUGGCAAGUAUGUGGCCUCGCUGCUGAGGGGUCUGCCUGCACAGGACGCGCUCAGGGUGCAGCCGAGGAUCAUAGACAUGAUCGUCGGAGUUGGAGUGAAGCAGGAGAGCAGCAAGAUCACGGUGCACAUCGACCGGGUCACUCCCAACGGAGAGGUGGACUAGCGGGCCAGGUACGUACUGGCCAGCAGUGGCAGGAGCCACAGGCGUCUUCCUAAUGUGACGAACUAGUUUUGAUACAUUUUGAAAGUAUUCUUACAUAUAUUAGUUCCACGUAUAUGUUUUAGAAAUGCGGAGGUUCAUACUGUCAGAGUACAUUAGUGCCUGUAGAAAGAUACAAAAAUGAACCUUAUUGUCUUGAUACUAAUCUGAUGAUGAUUGUACAAAUGUAUGAGCUAGUUGGUUGUAUGUAUCUAUAUAUUUUGUUUUGUAUGUGUAAGCUAGAUUAUACAUUGAUGACUUUGUAUGUUACUGUUGUACUUGACAUUCCGAUAAGUAAUAAAACAAUUGAAAGUAAUUUGUUUGUAUUGUAUUAUUUACUCGCUGACGACAAGAAUCGAACCAUUUCCUCUUUAUUGCUGAACACUAGAUAAUGACAAAAUUUUACGUAAAAUAAAGAUAUCUACUAUAGGUACUGGGUAUUUAAUUUACAUUUUACCUUAUACAAAUAAAGUUAAUAAAUAAAUCAUCAAAUACACUUGAUUAAAAUUGAUUUCAUUACAAGUAGUACGAGUUCGAAUCAUUACGUAACAUAAUAUCAAACCUUUUAUGUUCCAGAAG